AUGAAUGACGACUUGGAACGCGCAGCUCAUGAAGGAAGUUAUUUCCGCUGCGUGAAUAUCUGUAGACGAAGGCAUCUCAAAGCUCCAGAGUCAAUUCCGCCUCAGGGGGGCCAAAACACGUCGUUCAACACACGGGACCGCCCGCGUAGGAGCGAGCCGAGUGAAGGAUUCAAGACAAGAAAUUCUUAG